AAAAAUAGGAUUCUACAAAGGACCAUACCUGUGACUCCUCAUACAACAGCAUGAACAUCUUUUAUCUCUUACCAUGCGUGGUUUUACUAAGUUGUCUUGCUCAUGCGCAAAACGGCGUCUUGCACCCAGGACAAUGCAGAUCUGACCCCCUAUCCGACGAGGUCAGAGUCACAUGUCUUCAUGUUAAUUUUACACGGUUACCCAUUAAGUCUUUCCCGAGUAAUACUACAAAUCUAAAUGUAAGCUACAGCAAUUUAAGUUCUAUAACGCUUGACGACCUUAAGCUUUUGUCGGAUCUGAGGGACCUCAGUUUGAUCAAAAACCAGCUGAGAUCUUUACCUGCUGACCUGCUGAAGGGCCUUUCAAAUCUUCAGCUGUUGGACCUUACAGGUAACAACCUGUCAGCUUUACCACUACGAGUGUUUCAUCCUCUUGUUGAGCUCACACUCGCAGAUAACCUGCUGUUUGAGAUAGACGCUGACUGUUUGCCUGUUAACAGCUCUCUCCAAAGGUUGGAUUUAUCAUUUAACAGGUUCACACAGUUACCCGUUUCCCUCCUACAAAGACUGGGCAACCUUGAGAGCUUAGACUUGAAAGGCAACCAACUGGAAGAACUGGGCCCUGGAGCUCUUAACUCACUGUCCAAGCUUGAGGCUUUGUACUUGGAAAACAAUAAACUGAAGUCUUUAGAUGUCUCAGUAUUUAGUGGUAACCCAAACCUUCGGCAGUUGUUCUUGGGUAAUAACCGUUUGGAGACGCUGCCUGCUGGACUCUUUCGUGAGCAGGUUCAGCUUGUUUUUCUUGACCUCAGUAACAACUACCUGCAAAGCGUGACUCCAGGUGUGUUGGAUGGACGCUUGUUUGGGGUGUUUUCUGGUAAUCCCUGGCAUUGUAACUCCAGUUUGGCAUAUUUGUGGCAUUGGCUGCAUAAGAAUGAAAAUAGACUUUUUCAUUUCAAUGAUGUCACUUGUCAAUCACCUGAGCACAUGAAGGGAAGAAACAUCACUGAAAUUGCUGACACAGAACUUGCAAGGCUUAAGUGAAUUACAAAGUGGCAGUCAUCAUAAAAUACUGAAUGUUACGUUGCCAGAUCUGACCAAAUGCAUGGCAAAAUUUUGCCAGUAGAGGGAACUAAAGUCUGGUAAUAGACAUUACUAGACAUUCCUGAAUAAAAGUCAUACAUCUUUCAGGUUAUAUAGUAAUAGAAUAAGAUAUUGCAUUUUAAAAGCAAAAGAGCAAUGCACAUAUAUUAUGACUUUUUAUUUUCAAUUGUCUCCUAAGUUUCUGCUGGAAUUCUUAUUUGGAUUGAUGUUAUUAGUUUAUAAAAAUGCAUAAAUAAAGCGUUGACACAUG